AUGAGGCUAACGCACCCCAGUCUGGGCCUCAGGGGCUGCUCGGACAUCCUAGAUGGUGGCUAAGAAUAACGUCGGUGUAAUAUUCCGAAGGGAGAGAAACCCAGGACUUGAUUCCAGGGCAGAUACAACCAUGAGCAAGCAGGUCGUGUAUAUAACCACCUCGGGUCCUCCCUCCGGGACCUCGAUCGCUCUCCCACCCAACAAGGCUUGCUCACAGCAGUUCACCCCUGCCCACCAUGGUCAACUUCUCUUCUCUCUUCCUCGCGGCCGCGGCGGCUGUCGUGGCUGUCGCCGCCCCUGGCGAGCUGCCAGGCAUGCACAAGCGCCAGACGCUCACGAGCAGCGCGACUGGCACGCACAACGGCUACUACUUCUCGUUCUGGACCGACGGCCAGGGUAGCAUCAGGUAUACCAACGAGGCCGGCGGCCAGUACAGUGCGACCUGGUCGGGCAACGGCAACUGGGUCGGCGGCAAGGGCUGGAACCCGGGCAGUGCUCGGACCAUCAACUACACGGCCACGUACCGGCCCAACGGCAAUUCGUACCUUGCCGUGUACGGAUGGACGCGCAACCCGCUGAUCGAGUACUACGUGGUCGAGAACUUUGGCACCUAUGACCCCUCGACGGGCGCCACGCGGCUAGGCAGCGUCACGGUGGACGGGUCCGUCUACAACAUCUAUCGCACCCAGCGCGUCAACCAGCCGUCGAUCGAGGGCACGCGCACCUUCUACCAGUACUGGUCCGUCCGCCAGAACAAGCGCAGCGGCGGCAGCGUCAACAUGGCCGCCCACUUCAACGCCUGGCAGCAGGCCGGCCUCACCCUCGGCACCCACGACUACCAGAUCGUCGCCACCGAGGGCUACUUUUCGAGCGGCUCCUCCACCGUCAACGUCGGCGCCUCGUCCGGCGGCGGCAACACGGGCGGCGGCAACACUGGGGGUGGAAACACGGGCGGCGGCGGUUCUACCAACUGCGCUGCUAAAUGGGGCCAAUGUGGCGGGUCGGGAUGGACCGGUCCGACGUGCUGCCAGUCCGGCUCGACCUGCCAGGCGUCCAACCAGUGGUACUCGCAGUGCCUGUAAGCAAUUGGCGUGGAGUGUCAAGUUGAGGGUGCUCCCUCAAGAGUCCAUUGCCGGAAUCACAGCUGCCAUCUCUGUUGUUGAUGAUGACGACGGGGGUUUGGGUCAGGGGCUCAGGGGUACGAGACGGUGGUGCUGGCGCAGUUCAUGUACAUACUUUCCCUUUCGCAUCCAUCCGAGGCUGCAGUACAAACACACUUGAAGGCUGAAGUUGAUUGAUUCAUGAGAUUCCCUGCGUCUCAAUGUUCUUUCGUUUGCUGCUCCGAGUUCUAUUUCGACCUCAAUCCCAGUCA